UUUGUGAUUUAUUUGUCACUUUAGCCGUAUUCAUUCGAGUCGCACCAAGCAUUUUUUUUCUCUCCCUUCAUUUGAUUUUUUUUAUAAGAAUAAAACAAAAUUCAAUCCACAAACAUGACGAACCUGACUACAGUUCUUCAAAAAUUCUACGAUGAAUACGUGAAUAACACACCGAAGAAGCUGAAAUUGGUUGACGCCUACUUGUUCUACAUUGUGCUUACCGGUGUCAUUCAAUUCGUGUAUUGCUGCUUGGUCGGAACAUUCCCGUUCAAUUCGUUCUUGUCUGGAUUCAUUUCGACGGUCAGCUGCUUUGUUCUUGGUGUUUGUCUUCGUUUGCAAGUGAACCCAGAAAAUAAACUACAGUUCGUUGGCAUUUCACCGGAACGCGGUUUUGCCGAUUUUAUUCUGGCCCAUGUCAUCCUACAUCUUGUUGUAGUCAACUUCAUCGGUUAGAUAUAAUGUAUUCCAUCAGAUUCUAAGCACAACGUGAUCACUGUUUGGUGUUUCAAAGCACUAGCUUCACAUUUCCUACACAAAUUAUCGUAUAUUGUACUGAGUAAAAAUCAAUUUGUAUGCAAUAGAUUCAACGUAAAUUGAGAAUAAAAGAAAAGUGUCUAUCAGAAAAGAUCGA